GGCCCCCAGGACAGCUUGAGUAGCCCCCAAGGGCAGGCCCCCGACCCGGGUUCCGCGGGGAACCCUCAGAGCGGCCUGCCUCUCCCCCAGGCGCCAGAACAGGCGACAAGGCCACUUUAAGCGCGCCCGGGGCGUGCUCGCCCUCAGCUGCGGCCAGGAGCCAUUAGUGCAGGGGGCGGGCCCGGGACGCAGCGGCUGUGGAGCUCCUCCUGCUGGAAGGCUGCCCCAGGACCCAGCACGUGCGCAGCGGCCAUGGCUUCCUCAAUUAUCUGCCAGGAGCACGGCCAGAUCUCGGGCCAGGCAAAAAUAGAUGUCUUAUUAGUUGGAGAUGUCACUGUGGGCUACCUGGCUGAUACUGUACAGAAACUGUUUGCAAACAUAGCAGAAGUCACCAUCACCAUCAGUGACAUGAAGGAGGCAGUAGCACUUUUGGAUGAUUGCACAUUCAACAUGGUUUUCUUGAAGAUGCCUUCUUCACUAAAUGCUGAGGAGCUGGAAGCCAUCAAGUUAAUUAGAUUUGGCAAAAAGAAAAAUACACAUUCACUGUUUGUUUUUAUAAUCCCUGAAAAUUUUAAAGGUUGUAUUUCAGGGCAUGGAACUGAUAUUGCUUUAACUGAACCACUGACAAUGGAAAAAAUGAGUAAUGUGGUAAAAUACUGGAAAACAUGUCUCUCAAACACAGUUAAGAUUGAAAAUGCUGCUGGGCCUGAAGAACCUGGAUUGCCCCUGCAGAGGUCUUACAGUGAACACGUGGGAUAUUUUCCUACUGAUCUAUUUGCCUGCCCUGAAUCUUUAAGGAAUGGCAAUGGGCUUGAGUUAAAUGCUUCGUUGUCAGAGUUCGAGAAAAACAAAAAGAUUUCUCUUCUUCAUUCAAGCAAGGAAAAACUAAGAAGAGAAAGAAUCAAAUACUGCUGCGAGCAGCUGCGUACUCUCUUGCCGUAUGUAAAGGGGAGAAAGAAUGACGCGGCUUCAGUUCUUGAGGCAACAGUUGAUUAUGUGAAAUAUAUCCGGGAGAAAAUCUCUCCAGCCAUUAUGGCCCAGAUUACAGAAGCACUUCAGAGCAACAGGAGGUUUUGUAAGAAACAACAAACACCCAUCCAGCUCUCUGUCCCAGGCACUGUCAUGGCACAGCGGGAAGAUAGUGUGACGAGCACUUACUCCCCUGAGAGAGGGCUCCAAUUCCUGACUAACACGUGCUGGAAUGGGUGCUCCGCGCGUGACGCAGAGGGCUCCUUGGAUGAAGCCGUGAGAGUUCCGUCAAGCUCCACCUCAGAGAAUGCUAUUGGUGAUCCAUAUAAAACUCACAUUCCCAGUGCAGCGCUCUCUCUGAAUUCCUUGCAUACUGUCAGAUAUUAUUCUAAAGUCACCCCUUCCUACGAUGCAACUGCCGUAACAAAUCAGAACAUUUCAAUUCAUUUACCUUCAGCCGUGUCCCCGGUCUCAAAGCUUCUCCCUCAGCACUGCACUUCUGGGUUGGGUCAGGCGUGCACUACACAUCCCAACUGUCUGCAACAAUUUUGGGCAUAUUAAAAGCACAUGUUUGAAAUUCACACUCUCAACCACCUACUGGGCGCAGUUUGACAAUCUAGGAAAAGUGGAACAAAGAAUGAUUUUGAAAGCUCCACCCAAAGACCUAAUAUCAAAAGAGUUGGCAUGGUUUGGCUUCUGAUAAAUGCACUCAAAGCUUCUGCAGAUAGAAAGACCAGCAGCGAAAAAGCUGGCCGCACACUCAUCUUCAUACACACUUGGAUCCCCGCCAGCCAGAGAGCUACGAGAACAAAUGGCCUCGGUGACCUACACUCUUUCUUCUCAAAAAAUAUUCCACAAUUGAUGAAAAAAGCAUGCUAUAAGGAAGAUCCAUGUAGACACGAUAAAAUGAUAAGAUUAGGAAGGUGUGUUGAUACCUCGUGUCACUGAGUACAGAUAUUGCAACUUGAUUCUUAUUUUUAGUAUCCCUGUGAAUUACUGUCACUCAUUUCUAGGUGGUGUCUUUUCCUUAUUUGACAUUUUAGAGUGUUUCCUUCUUCAUUCACCAUCCAAACUAAGAUACGCAGGAAGAUGCUGAAAGAGGGGUUUACCUCCCUACUUGACUACUGAUGAAUAAAUUGAUGUGUGCUUUUGCAUUUCACAAUCCAUUGAGUGAAACGAUGGCUAAUAGGUAAAUAUUUCUUUCUGGACCAUUAGUUACAGACUAGCAGGUCUUUUGUUUUUCAUCUCUUCCUCCCUAUGGGUAUUAGAAAGGACAGUUGAAAUUAAGGGGGAAAAAAGGUUUGUUUUAUAUUUCACUGAAUUGUUCUUAUACGUACAUUUUAUUAUUAAAUAAAAUACUCAGUUUUCACCCUGAA